AUGACAUCUUCCGUCAUCAAUCGACGCUCCUUGAUCAUUCCCGACACCGAAACAUUCACGAUUUCCGACUGCGUGACAAUAUUGGACUUCGACUCAGUCACAGCCGCCACCUUUGGGGCCUCGCACUGGAGGCCAGACGUGGACCACCGAUACGCGCUUCCUGAAAAAUUAACCCAAUCCGUCGACAUUUGGGGCUCCUUUUUCUUGGACGCCGAUAGCAGCUGGCGAAGUAGGCUGUUAGCAGCAGCAAAACUGUCGGUGUCACAGCUAAACUCCAAAACUGUCCAGCAGGGGGUUCCUCUCAAAUUGUUAUUCUGGCGCAAAGCAGGCAAGCUACAGAACACGAUAUCAUCCCAUGAGCAGACAACAUCGCCCUCGACCCCAACGGGGUUGAGAACGCCAUUAAAGAAGCGUUCUCUGUGCAUCAGUACUGUAGCGUGA